GUUAUAAGAUAGGAGGUUAACGUGCUAGGGGGAAGUAUCAGACUAUGAGCCGAAUUGGGGUUCCUGAGAUGGUGUGAAGCAUUCUGUUUUACUCUGCUUUGUCGUGGUAUGAAUAAGUUAUUAGUAUUCGGCUUCUCUAUACCGUCAAAAAGAUAUCUAUUCUCUCUCCUCUCACCUCCAUUCAUCGCAAGCCUGACUUUGGUCUGUAGAUAGCGUUAUAAGACUCUUUUGAGUUUUCCUGUUGCAUGGUCUCUUUGUGUUGUACCUACAUAGGUAAUAAUUCUUGUAUACAUGAUCAUUAUCUAACUACUAUGUCGUUCGUAACGAAAGCAGAUAUUCGGCUUCAUCUACUAUGUAUCUUUUUUGCAGUUGGCUCAUUCGUUUGGGGGUAUAAUGUUGGCAUUCUCUCUUCCGUCCUUGUUCAUCCUGGGUUCGUCAAAAUUAUGGGUCACCUUACCCCUUCAAGAAAAGGGGUAAUUACUGCUAUCUAUUAUCUAGGAACUUGGUUGAGCUACAUAUUCAUUUCCCAUCCAGCGAGCGAUGUCUUUGGGCGAAGAUACGCAGCCUUGGGCGGCAUCCUCACCGUCGCCAUCGGUAAUGCUUUUGAGUGUGGCGCGACGGGGUCUGGGGCGUAUGCCAUGAUGAUCAUUGGUCGCAUAAUAUCAGGAAUUGGCGUAGGCAUGCUAUCGACUUCUGUUCCCUUAUACCAAAGUGAGGUGGCCCCGGCCGGUAAACGCGGAAAAUAUGUCGUUUUGAACCAUGUCGGUUUCGUUGGCGGCCUAGCGGCGGGAUUCUGGGUCGGGUAUGCUGUGACAUUUUGGAACACCACAGACUACGACUUAUACGUCUCGUGGCGCGUUUCUCUCGCCGUCGUUUUAGUCCCAUGCCUCAUAUUCGGAGCUGGACUUCCAUUCCUUCCUGAAACUCCGCGCUGGCUUAUCGAGCACGGUCAUCACGAUGCGGCGCAUAAAUCAUUGUAUUGGCUGCGUGAAGGUAGUUUUACGGAGCAAGAGAUUGACACCGAGUUGAUGCAUAUUAGAGGGGAUGUAGAACUACAUCAUGCCCCAGGAGAAGCGAACUGGCUGUCGUUAUUUAAAGAUCGAGGUUUAUUUGAACGUCUUUGGCGCGCGUCCCUGCUCCAAUUCAUGGCGCAGAUGUGCGGUGCUACAGCCAUGAAAUACUAUUUACCAACGCUUUUCUCAAAGCUUGGUCUACCUACGAGGGUUACCUUGUUGGCUGGUGGUAUCGAGUCUACAUUAAAGAUCGGCAUGACGGUUAUCGAGAUGUUUCUCAUAGACCAUCUUGGCCGUAGGGUGACGCUGACCGCAGGCUGCGUUGCGAUGGGGUUUAGCAUGUUAGUCAAUGGUGUGCUUGGCCAGAUUUAUCCGGACAACACAAACAGAGUCGCUGACGUAGUUUGUAUUGUGUUCAUCUUCAUUUACGCUCUUGGGUAUAGUAUGGGUUUCGGCCCAGCGGCCUGGGUAUACGGCUCCGAGAUAUUUCCGACUUCUGUUCGAGCGCGUGGACUCAACUUUUCCGCAUCGGGCGGAGCUAUCGGUUCCAUUGUCGUAGCCCAAGUUUGGCCUGUUGGCAUCGAUACAAUUGGUUCCAAUAUCUAUUUCUUCUUCAUGGCGGUUAAUUUUGUCUGCAUCCCCAUCAUCAUUCUUUUCUACCCCGAGACUAAGGGCCGGCCGUUGGAGGAUAUGGACCUACUCUUUAAUAAAGUUAUCGGAAGAGUUGGGGAAGAUCUUGACGAGCAUUCUGAGCCAGUACUACCUAAGAAUGUUAGCCGUCCACCACAGACCUGAUGGUAUCGAAGCGAAGGGGGUUCUAGAACGAAAGGCCGGGGUGAUAUUAUCAAUGACGGUCAUUCUAAUUAAUAAACCCUACGGAUAAGAAUCGUAUGAUGAGAGUGGGAUCGUCUUUGUAUAUUUCGACCGCUGUUAUAAUAGCUAGCGAGGUAGCAAAGUAUCAUCGGAUAUAAUGCAGAAUGACUUACUACGUAUGAUAGGUUUUCAAUUGAACGCCAAACGGAUUGAUGCUGCACUUCGUCG